AUGUCAGAUUCUGCACCAGAAGGUGGCAAAAAGAAAGUGACCACUUUUAAGUCACUGGGUAUUAUAGAACCAUUAUGUCAAGCAUGUGAGCAGCUCAAGUACAAAACCCCGACAGAAAUCCAAACUGAAGCCAUUCCAUGGGCAUUAGAAGGCCGAGACAUAAUUGGUUUAGCACAGACUGGCUCAGGCAAAACCGCUGCUUUCGCUUUACCCAUUCUUCAAGCGUUAUGGGAAGCACCACAAGGGCUAUUUUCUUGCGUUCUAGCUCCAACGAGAGAAUUAGCUUACCAGAUAUCCGAAGCAUUUGAAUCUUUGGGCUCUAUAAUUGGUGUUCGAUGUGUUGUUAUAAUUGCCACUCCUGGGAGAUUACAAGAUCAUUUGGAAAAUACCAAAGGAUUUAGUUUGAGAAACUUGAAGUAUUUGGUUAUGGACGAAGCGGAUAAAUUGUUAGAUAUGGAUUUUGGACCUGUCAUUGAUAAGAUUUUAAAAAUUAUCCCUAAAGAACGUCAUACUUAUCUCUUUUCUGCUACGAUGACCACUAAGGUAGCAAAAUUACAGCGCGCUUCUCUAAAUAAUCCGGUCAAGAUCGAAGUUUCUUCAAAAACAUGCAAUGACACACAACGUCUUGCACUAUUAUUAAGGAACCUUGGGUUUCCUGCGAUCCCCUUACAUGGGCAAUUAUCGCAAUCUAAAAGGUUAGGCUCUUUAAAUAAAUUUAAAGCUGGAAAUAGAAAUAUACUAGUGGCUACUGACGUUGCUAGCAGAGGUCUGGAUAUACCGCUUGUGGAUGUAGUAAUUAAUUAUGACAUCCCAUUAAAUAGCAAAGAUUAUAUCCAUAGAGUAGGACGAACAGCUCGCGCAGGAAGAUCCGGUAAAUCUAUCACAUUGGUUACACAAUAUGACGUAGAAUUCUAUCAACGUAUUGAACAAGUAAUCGGAAAGCAAAUGGAACUAUUUCCAAUUGGUAGCAAAGAAGAUGUUUUGUUGCUUCAAGAGCGUGUUUCUGAAGCACAGCGAAUUGCUACUUUAGAAAUGAAGGAAGAACAACAACAAAGAAAGGGAAGCAAAAGAGUUAAAAGUGAAGGAAAUGAUCAUGACUAUAAGGACAGGGAAGAUAGAGACCUUAUCGUAUCUAGUAAAUUGAGUAAAAAAGCAAAAAGAGUUAGAAGAUGA